CCGCCACCUCCCGCUCCACCACCACCUCCCGCUCCACCACCACCUCCCGCUCCACCACCUCCCGUUCCACCACCACCUCCCGCUCGACCAAAUCCCGUUCGACCACCACCUCCGCCUCCACCUCCACCUCCACCACCAACCCCACUACCACCACCCAACUUGAGCAACUACUAGAAGCCCUCGCAAUUAUGGAGAAAUUCGUAGAGUUCAGCAUAGGAUACUCGGACGGCAAGGCUUCCACGCAUCCCAUCAACACCACUGGAGAUGCAAAGCAGCCCGACGCAAUUGCUGGCUAUUUCCGUGCCAUCAACGCCGGCGAAUCCAAGGACCUCCUCUGGCGCAUUAAGUGUGCAACGGCGUUGGUGGAACAGUUCGCACUUGACGCGAACAAAGGAAUGAAGUACAUCCUCAAGAGCAUGCCCGCUGGCUAUAAGUUGUACGAACACAAUAAGUUGACCAAUAACGAGAUUCGAAAGGAUACCUACCUGUUCGGUCACCCCAGCGGCUCCCGCUUCCGCUCGCCAGCUGAAUUCCUCCCCCACAUGCUUUACCUAGCUGCCAACGACUCGAAGAACAAUGGAAACAGCGUUAUAGACAAGAACAAAGACUGUAUCUGCAAAUACUGCGCUUCUCCGUCCCGCACCCCUGGCGGAGCGGUAGGUAACAAUACCUUUGUUACGGAAGAAGCUCGUGCUGAAGCCCAUGCUGAGGCCCGCAUGCACGCAGAGGUCGUGGAGCGUCUGGGAGAGCAGGAAAUGGUUGGAUGGGUUGCCCGUAAAGCAGAGCUUGUUUGGGUCUGGACGGGAGAGGAGAAGGACUUGUCGGCGGUCAUCGAUAUUGCCGACUCGGAGCUUUGGGCGGCUGGUGUCGUCCUGGAGAGGCCCUUCAACAACCCUCCAUUCCGCUUCCCCCAGAGUGCCGGUGGGUUCGUCGGCAUCAACGCGGGUGGUGCUGCCCCAUGGGAAGGAAAGAAGGAAGAGGCCUACAAGAUCCAGCUGUUGGGUGCUUUGAAGAACAAGCCCGGCGAUAGGCUUGAGCGCGUUCAGCAGCACUUCAUUAGGCCGUGGUUGGCUCGCCCCGACUUCAUCAAGCCUCCCGAGGGGAACAACAAGAGGAGGGAACACCCAUCCGUCAACGAAGGCCGUAGGCUAUCUCACACGUUCAGUUUAUUUGAAUUCGACGCGCCCACAAAAAUACCCGUACCAGCCUACGACCAGGAAAUAAAACUGGCAUUAGAAGGAAGUGUCGCGUAUUCCUACAAUGGGAUGUUCUUUGGAGCGGAGAAGAUCUUUGUCGGCGAGCCAAUUAGAAUCAUAGACCCCAAAGACCCCUCCCAGGGGGAGAGUGUUAUGGUUGUGGAGCAAAUCUUCACAUUGAUCGCCCCCAUUAGGGGAAGAAAAGAUCAGUGCGCCUUUCGCCUGGUUGGCAACGUCUACUACCAGGGCCGCACCGUCGAGGACAGAGCCAGAAUGGUUAGUCCCGAGACUUUCGCGCAAUUGCCGCCCAGGAUGCGUCAUGGAGACCCAGGAAAGAGUGGCCCCACUGUUUGGUGCCCCCGAAACAAACCCGGCGAGAUGUUCGAGAUCGGGUUCAGGCAGAUAUGUGGCCGUUGGUACGAGCCACAGGCAGUCUCCUACUGGAUGUACCCGGACGAAGAUGCCCAGCUGGCCACCGCGUGGCCCUCAAACUUCACUCAAAACCGGGGUAAGGCUAUCGGAUGGAGCCAUUUUAACGACAUUGAUAUCCUCUCCGACCCCUCGGUGAAGAAGGUUCCCACCGCCAUGACGGUGGACCAGAUGAACAAGUUGGUGGCUGAUCGCGAGAGGGAGAAGAAGAAGAAGAGGACUAGCAGCCCCCUUGCCCCUCCCAGUUCCAGCAAGAGUCGCAUGGCGCGUGCUGUCACCGGCGACGACGAGACGGACGAAGAAAUGGAUGAUGGCAUCGCGGAGAGUGAUGCUGGCGAUGCUGAACAGCCAUCCACCCAGGAGAUGGCCAUCAGGUAAUUGUUGAACCUUACAGGUUCCUUUCUAUGGAUCUUUCUCCUUUUUUUUUUGUUUUCUCCUUUGUUCUUUCCUAUCCUAGGCAGCGGAUUUGAUCAAAUAAAAGGUUGUUUUCGUUGUUUUCUUUGAUUUGUUUGCUUUGCUUUGUUUGCUUUGAUUUUUUUUUCUUUUGGGUUGUUACCAUGGUGUUCGUAAUGGGCGGCGUUCUAUCAUCUCUUUCUUGCUUCAUUUCUUACUGCAUCUUCAUCGGGUUUCCUUUCUACCUAAUUCCCAUCCAGCUUCAUUUCAUUCGGUUUUUUUUCGUCAAUUGUCUUCAGUUUUCUUUAGGGAUAUUUACCUAGGUGCUAAGGUAUUUAGGAGGGAAUUUUAUUCUUCUUAUGCG